UUCUACUUGGCGAGAAACACAUCACGUUUGGAAACCGCACCUUGGUGCACGGUUUGAAAACCUCCUGUACCUCCGUAUCGAAUUGAGAGGAACGUACAUGUUUGAAGUGUUGUGUACUCGAACUCAUACGACGAUUGCGCUGUGUGUAGUUAUAUCUGCCAAAGCUUCUCGGUGAACGGAAAGUUCAGUGCAAGCUUCUGCUUCUCCUCCACUUCGAGUUCUGACUUACAAACGGCUGGAGCGCACAUCUCACACCGUGGUCGUCGUCGUCGCGGUUGUCGUCGGUUUGGUGCUGUUGAAUGGGUUGAGCUGGAUUUGACUUAAACGUUAGACUGCAUUUGAGAAGAGACUCUUGCUAGUUGUUUUCGUUUCGGAAGUGAUCAUUUUCGGAAGAUAUCUCACGUGAAAGUAGAAUUACGGGGCAAGAAAAGUGACAGUGGAAGUUGUACUUGGGUUUCCCCUUGAGCGCGAAGUGACCUCAAGGAUGUUGCGGAAUGCAUUUUAAGGUGCCUUACAGCGAGAAUAAAGAGCGAGUGCUGAAAGUGUGAAGCUGUAACAGAAGAAAGAGUAUUACGUGUCCUUCGGGUGCAGUAUAUGAAUAGUGAUUUGCGUUUUCGCAUUGCCCACGGUUGGACGGUUGAGCGCAACUUUUCCAAAGUAGAUUAGCCGUUUUUCACCAUAGUCAAUAUGCAUCAGCGCAGAACGUUCGAGAUCAACUGACCUACAGUCGUUAAGGAUGGGUUGAGCAAGAAACAACAAUAUUCCUUCCGAUCUGCACGAGUCGCUGUGUCAAAUAUAGUUGUGCAGAACCGGAAACUACAACAGCAUCACAAUGCCGACAGUCAUAUCAAAGUUUGCCAAACGGUCCAUCGACAAGCUCGAGGAGCUUGGCUAUUCCAAAGAGCUGGUCUCUCGAGGGCUGCUCGGCACAGCCCUUCUAGCAUACGGCAUAAAACUGUCGUACCCAUAUAUCAAACAACAACUAGAACGUAGCCAUAGUACAACAACCGAAACGAAAUGUGAUAAUGGUCUUAGUAGAAAUGAAAACAACAACCUCACUAAGGCAACCGAAGAUCCCGAAGAAAAAAUCGAGAAAAUAAUCAUCGAGAAGAAACGAAGGCGGAAUAAAUUGCCCGGCCUUAACCUAGAGUUCAUACUCCAGCUUAAGAAGUUGAUCCAAAUCAUGGUGCCGCGGAUUUUGUGCGAAGAAACGGGUCUGCUGGCGGUUCACACCACGUGCCUCAUAUCACGAACCUUCCUCAGCAUCUAUGUAGCCGCGAUGGAAGGUGCCAUCGUCAAGUACAUCGUGAGAAAAGAUGUUAAAAACUUUGUGCUUAUGCUGCUGAAAUGGUUCGGUAUAGCGAUACCGGCCACCUUCAUCAACUCUAUGAUUCGCUAUUUGGAGAACAAACUGGCGCUGGCGUUUAGAACCCGGCUGGUGAAUCAUGCCUACGAUAUGUACUUCAAGAACCAAACCUACUACAAAGUGUCGAACUUGGACGGCCGCAUCGAGAACGCCGAUCAUCGAUUGACCGACGACAUUUCGACCUUCUCGAGCUCGGUCGCUCACCUGUACAGCCACCUGACGAAACCAUGCUUCGAUCUGAUGUUGAUUGGAAUUGCUAUGGCACGCUCGUCGCGGAAAAUGAAAGCCAACAUUGUGAUGGGUCCGGCGUUGGCAACGAUCGUGAUUGGAACGACGGCGCACAUUCUGCGUAUAGUGUCACCCAAAUUCGGCCAGCUCGUGUCAGAGGAAGCUAACCGUAACGGAUAUCUGCGUCAUGUGCAUUCCAAGAUAAUCACGAACGCUGAGGAGAUCGCCUUCUACGGGGGUCACAAGGUUGAACACGCUCAGCUUCAAGACGCAUACUCAAGGCUGGUGACUCAGAUGAACAACAUCUUCACGCAAAAGCUGUGGUUCAUCAUGCUGGAGCAAUUUUUCAUGAAAUAUGUCUGGUCCGGUACCGGAAUGGUGAUGGUGUCGCUGCCGAUUUUGACCGUAAACAGUCUUCCGGGCGAAAAGCUUCGCAAGAGUAAAGGCGAUGCAGAGUACGGAAUAAGCGAGCGAACGCAGUACUUCACGACAGCUCGGAACCUUCUGCUCAGUGGCGCCGAUGCGAUUGAGCGUCUUAUGUCGUCAUACAAAGAAAUUGUAGCCUUGGCUGGGUACACGAGUCGUGUCGCAGGAAUGUUUGAGGUAUUCGAACAAGUUUCGCAAGGCGUGUACCAAAAGACGGUUGUUUCCGUUGAUCGCAACGAUGGAGGUAUAUUAGAAUUUAAGAAUGGACAGCCAAUUGCCAAAGGAACGAUCGUAUGUAGCGAUAACGAUGAAGACAUGUCAAUUUCAUUAGACAGCGUGCCUGUAGUAACGCCAAAUUGUGACAUUGUGGUAUCUAGUUUGACCUUAACAAUUGCACCAGGAAUGCAUUUACUGAUCACGGGACCAAAUGGAUGCGGUAAAUCCAGCUUGUUCCGUAUCUUGAGUGGACUGUGGCCCAUUUACGGCGGGACACUUCGUAUCCCCAAGCGAUCCCAGGGAAAGCCGUGUAUGUUCUACAUUCCGCAACGGCCAUACAUGUCUUGCGGUAGUUUACGGGAUCAAAUUAUUUACCCCGACACGAGGAAGGAAAUGCUGAGUAAAAACAUCACCGAAUGCCAGCUGAGAGAAAUCAUGCGACUGGUUUCUCUUGAGCAUAUUAUUGAUAGGGAUAGUUUCGACGAAAUCAGAGAUUGGAAGGAUACCCUCUCUGGAGGCGAAAAACAACGAAUGGCCAUGGCUAGGCUGUUCUAUCACAAGCCACAUUAUGCCUUGCUGGACGAAUGUACCAGUGCAGUAUCCAUUGAUGUAGAAAGCUCCAUCUACGAAACUGCUAUAUCUAUGGGAAUCACUCUACUAACAAUCACGCAUAGACCAACUUUAUGGAAAUUCCACUCCCACAUCCUCGAGUUUGAUGGCCAAGGCGGGUGGGUUUUUGAACCCCUCGCCAAGGAUGCGCAGCAAAAGGUUCCUACAACCAAGCAGAGCUUGUUCCACAAUCACAAACCAUUCACGGACGCACCGGAGAUGGCAUCUUCAGCGGUAUCGGCGUAGUUACAAUAUGCAGCUACUCUUAGUCCACCGUGCUACAUACUAUCUUGGAGAUGAAAACGGUUAAUGGCUAAAAAUCACAUGAAGAAAGUUUUGAAAAAUAUGUUUCAUCACACAUUUUCGAGAUUAUCCAUAUUAGACUAUCUGUGACAAUUGUAGUAAAUUUUUCCAUCCUAGGUUAAGGGUAUGCUUUACCACACAAACGUGGGGGAAUUUAUAAGUACUUAUAGUACACAACGUUAUGAUCAGUAGAACAGCUCUUAUAAAAAGGCUCAUUGUGUCCAUUUUACGAGAAGUACUUUUUAAGCAUACGUCUGUCGAUCAAUUUAAUGUGCAGACUGCAGAGCAGUUAGUAACUUCUUCAAUUCUUUCUAUGUACGAUUUCUUAAUCAACGGAUAAACUGAGGAUGGGGAUACUAACUGUGUUUUGACCUUAGAAUAUUCGAAUUUUGGAGAUACUUGCAUCCAUUUAAACGUACUUUGUAACACAACUCUCUUGUCAGUUCAUGCUAUGUCGAUUAAAAUAGUAAUCACAAUAUUUCUGUGAUUGAAAAUAUGUUGUUUUUAAAUCCCGUUUGUUGAAUUUCUGUACAUACAAUUUUAGGAGGAAUUUGAAGUGUAGGUUCACAUUUAUGAAAUAAAGGUUAAUUAACUUUUAA